AUGUGGAAUGUUCAGGGUGCCGGAAAGCAAGCUUUUAUGGCUACGCUAAGAGAGAUUGUAAGGAUUAAUAAUCCUUCUGUCAUUGUGCUUGUUGAGACUUACUUGAGUGGAGAAAAGGCACAACGAAUAUGUGAUCGAGUUGGCUAUUCUGGCCAAACACGAGUAGAAGCACAGGGUUUUAGUGGUGGUAUUUGGCUCUUUUGGAAACGUGAGGAAGUGACUGUCACCCCUCUCGAAUACCAUGGCCAGCAUCUUACAGUUGAAAUUGAAAAAUUAGGGGAAGCCCCAUGGUUGUUCUCAGCAGUUUAUGCCAGUCCGGACUCUAGUAUAAGACGAGAUCUAUGGAGAGAGUUGGAAAAUGCUAGGCAAAAUUUUUCUGGACCAUGGCUGCUGACUGGUGAUUUUAAUGAAACCAGGUCAAUGGAUGAAAGGCAUGGUGUAGGUGGUUCGGAAAUGCAAAGGAGAUGUAUUAAUUUCAGCAAUUGGAUUGAGGAGAAUAGAUUGAUCGAUCUUGGCUUUUAUGGACCCAAACACACAUGGUCUAGAGGUGAGACAGAAGCCACAUUCAAGUCUGCAAGACUGGAUAGGUUUAUGGCCAAUGAGGAGUGGCAUUUGAAGUUCGAGGAUGCAGUUGUGAAACACCUUCCAAGGGCAUGUUCGGACCAUUGUCCAAUUAUUUUGAGUACAAAUGGAUUUGCACCAAUUCCAGCGUCCUUAAAACCAUUCAGGUUUCAGGCAGCAUGGAUAACCCAUGAGAAAUUCGAGGAGUUCAUGAAAAACAACUGGAAUAACUCAACCCCCCUUAUUCCUUUUCUGUCUGAAUUUGCACUGAAGUUGAAAGAUUGGAAUAAGGUGAUCUUCCAUAACAUAUUCAGAAAAAAGGCAGAGUUAUGGGCUCGAUUGGAAGGGGUGCAACAAUGUUUGUCUAACAAACGUCUAAACCACUUGAUUGUCCUGGAGAAACAGCUUAGACAGGAGAUGGAGAAUGUACUACAUUAG